AUGGCACAAAGUAAGAGCUUUUUUGAUGAUGUCAAAAAAGAAUUGGAAUGUCCCGUUUGCCAGGAACAUUUUACUCAAAUCAAUGAACCAAAAAUAUUGAAAUGUCUCCACACUUUCUGCAAGACUUGUCUGGAAGCUUGGGUACGGCAGCAUCGGGAAGGACAGUUGAGUUGUCCGACAUGUCGCCAAAUCACCGAAUGUCCUAACAGCGACAUUAACAGCCUCCCAUCCAACCUUUUUUACAAACAGAUGGUUGAAAUAGUAGAGGCUUACAGCGGCCAAGGGGAAGAAGAUUCGUCUCAUUGUGGAUCCUGCGACGAAAAGAAAGCUUUGAAAUAUUACUGCUUUGAAUGCAACGGCUUUUUAUGCGAUGACUGCGUUGGUGUCCACAGGAAAGGGAAAAUUUUUAGUGACCACCAUGUCAAAGAUGUCAGAAAUUUCCAGUCGUGCGAUGUGCAAGAUUAUACUCGCAGGGCAAAUUAUUGUACAGUACAUAUAGAUGAAAUGAGGUUUUACUGCGAAAAUUGCAAAAGGUGCAUUUGCCGUGACUGCGCCAUUUUGGAACAUCAAGAUCAUAACAAGAUUUCGCUUGACCAGGGACUUGAAAACAUUAAGUCUGAAAUUGGCAUCAGAGUUCAUGAAGCUCAGGAAAACGGGUCUCGUUUGAGAAGUUACAAAGUCUCUCUGGAGAAAAGAAGAAUGAAAGUAAAUGGCAGUAUCGAAGAAGCGACAAAAGAAGUGAAGCGAGUCGCUGAACUCUGCAUAUUAACAAUUCGCCAGCACGAAGCAAGUGUGACCGAGCAGUUAAUCAAGCAGAAACAAGCCUUAAAAAAUGCAGUUGACAAUCAAAUGACUAUGUUAGACGGCAAACUCAUGGAAAUUGAGAGCACCUUAGCCUUUUCAGAGGAGAUUCUUCUUCGAAAUAACUUACCAGAAAUAUUAAACGUCAAAGCAGUACUCGAAGAGAAGCUUAGAGAAGUCUCUGUUCGCUUGCAACCUUUGGAAGCUAUGCCGAAGCUGGGUUACUCAGAGGUCAAGUACAUGCAAAAUAAUGUCUUUCUAAAAGACACACCGGGAAAGUUAGUCACCAGCGAUACUGAGCCUUUAUUAUCAGUUGCAGAAGGCAAGAAUCUCACAGAGGGGUUUGUAGGCGUGGAUGGCACUUUUACGGUUACUACAAUGAAUGUACAAGGCCAAACAAGUUACAACACGAUAGAUGAAGUCAUUGCAAAAAUCAUUUCAUUGUCGGGGCAUCAGACACUGCAGACGGUUGUGACAGACUUAAAGGACGGCCGUUAUUCAGUCUCUUACAAGCCAAAAACGCCUGGAAAGUUCACUGUGUCAGUCGAAGUAUCAGGAAACCCGAUCAUGGGCAGUCCAUUUACUUUAGAGGUGAAAAAUCAACCAGACAUCAAGGAGCAAGGUAAAGUUCUUUUUUUUCCAAAAUAG